CUUUUUGUGUUUUUUUUUCUCUAAGUUUCCCAUUUAUAACGGUUGUAAUGCUGUCGUUUAAUUUACCGGAAAUUACGCAUCGUAACAAUUUCCGGGUCGCAGGUUCCUGUCAAAUGUUUGUUUCGGGUCAAAUCGGACUCUGUCAUCCGCUUUUGUCGCCUCUGUAUCCAGAAGUAAUUCGGUGACACAUCCGUUAUCGUGUCUCUAUUCCGGUUCUCCCGUUUUUUUGUGUCACCGACUCAGUGAUGGCCUCCAGGCGGCCCGACAGCUUUGAUGGGCUCGGCUACCGGGGCCGAGAUGACCCGCUGUUUGGAGCCAACUACCCAGCGAGGAGUGCCGCAGGAGCCCAGGCAGAGAUGCACCACUGGGUCACGACACCGCCGGACAUCCCCGGGAGCCGCAACCUGCACACCGGAGAGCGAACACCGCAGUUUGCCGACACUCUUGGAGACCACGGAGAGUACGGCGCUACAGCCGGAUUGGACGCACCGCAGCCCGGCGUGCCGUCCGGAGAGCAGCUCAAUCGAUUUGCUGGAUUUGGAAUUGGACUCGUUAGUCUUUUCACAGAGAACGUCCUCUCUCAUCCCUGCAUCGUGUUCAGGCGACAGUGUCAGGUGAACUACCACGCCCGAUGUUACCACCUGACACCGUUCAGCACCGUGGCCGUCAUGUACGCGAUCACAAAGGCUCAGGGGGUGAAGUGUCUGUGGAAGGGCAUGGGCAGCACCUUCAUCGUUCAUGGCAUCACACUGGGCGCCGAGGGCAUCCUGAGCGAGUUCACACCGUUACCACGAGAACUUCCUCACAGAUGGACCUGGAAACACGUGGGUGGACAUUUCCUUCUUAAAGGGCUAACGGCUGUGGUGGCUCUACCGUUCUACUGUGCCAGCCUCAUCGAGACCGUCCAGAGCGAGAUUGUUCAUGAUGAAUCGUCCUCCGGUCUCCUGGACUGCAUCCGUGAGGGGAUGGCUCGACUCCUGGGAGUGGGCGCUCCUCACAGCCGCCGUCUGCUCCCUCUCAGCGCUCUGAUUCUCCCUGCUGCGCUGCACGCCAUCCUGCGCUACGCUAUCCUGUCCUGCGUGCAGCGACUGGCGCUGUGGCUCCAUCAACGCACCAAAAAGCAGGACGCGGCGCCUUCCAACCCCCUGGACAGCUACUUCCCGGAGCUGGCCGCGGCUUGGGUCGGCUCGCUGGUGGCCGACGUGGUCAUGUUCCCUCUGGAGACGGCGCUGCACCGACUGAGUCUGCAGGGAACGCGCACCAUCAUUGAUGCCACCGACGGCGUGAUUGCUGCUGGGAACGGUGGCAGCCCGCUGGUCCUGCCCGUCAACACGCAGUACGAAGGCUUUUCUGAAUGCCUCCAUGCCAUUCGCCGCAAAGAGGGCGUGGCUGGCUACUACAGGGGCUUUGGAGCGCUGGUGGUGCAGUACGCCCUGCACGGAGCCUUGCUAGCAGCAGCACGGACUCUGCUGAGGCUACUGCUGCUGGAAGGGAAGCUGAGCUAAGCUAACGAUGGAUUCAUUCAAACAUCAGAGUCAGUUGACUGAAGGGAAGCGUUCAGCUGAUGGACAGGAAGUGUCCAAUAGAACUAUUUUAUCAACAGGCCAACCAUUGAAAUCCCACCGUCUGUGACUUUUCAACAACACAGUCUGUUGUUUUAACAAUAAUCCCGUCUUUUCCUGCCACUGAGGAAUAUGUCACUCACAAUACACUAUUUACAUCACCUCGAGGUUUCAGUUUUUAAGCCACAUGUAAAGCAAAUUAGGGUGCAGUACCACUACUUACCCACCAGGGGCUUGCUCCAAAUAAGGUUGGUGGCAUUCCCUUAUCUCAUUACAACAAAUUGAGCGAGCGAUGACUGCUGCAGUCAAACCAACGGCGUGCUCUCAGAACUCAACAGCUUUGUAAUUUAGAAACAUUAUAAUCUUAAUCAAACCUAAAUGUAAUUUAUCAAAAUCACCCUGACAACAGUCAGUGGGGCGUAGCUUAAAAAAAACCCAUUACACCCCUUCCUGUCUUAGCAUGAACUAACAAUGUGCACUGCGGCUCGGGCUGUUGUUUAUUUGUACAAAGUUGUAAAAAUGAAUUGAAGGUAGAUCUAGGUUAAACUGUGUUUGAUUCAUCCACAUUAAAAAUCAUCAUCUUUUCAAACGACGAUUUUAAAAUAAAAGUCGAUGUCGAAGUUGGAAAAGGCUGAAAAAAAAAUCAAACAUGUUUUUAUUGUCACAAAUGUUAAAUGUUGCACUGGAGCUGUGGAAAAAAAUAUAAAAUUGAACAUUUGUUGUGUGUUUUGACUGUAAAUGAAUCAGCUGGAAAUAAAGUUCAUGUCAAACAGA